UUAUUAUACAGCAAAAAUGCAUGAAAUCUAGAGAAGUCCCAUGCCGGAGCUUAGACGAUGAAACACAUGACGGUUCCCUUUGAUCCAUCUAUCAUUAUUCCUUGGUGUCAACAAGCCAAAGUCUGGGCAUGUGGGUUCAGCCAUGAAGAGAUUCUCGAUUGGGUCAACUACGUUUUGUGGCAGCAUUGAAGUCUUGGCUUUCCUACAGCAGCGCUAGAACAAGUGUGGCAUCAGUCUUCUCAAUAUACAUGUGCGAGACUUGGAGAUUUACGAAGUCGCAUCCAAAAGCUCUCGGUAGUUGAAAAGCAGCAUCUGCACUGUAUCGCAUGGGACUCUCUGUUUUCGAUGCAAUCCAAAAUGCGUUCAACUUGCCUCACUCGUCAGGAGCUGCCGCCAUCUCUCCACCAAGGAAUCCUAGCGAUUUCGAAAAGGGCUGACCAGGUCAUCGUGGUCCUGGGACCGUCCUAUCAAGGAUUGGGGUCAGGCUCUUCAGCUCGCUAGGCGACAGCUACUUCGAAUUACUCUACAGGUACAUCCCCCCUUCAGAUCCAGUACUGGUAUCUGUACUUGACACGAGUAGUUCAAGCUUCAUAUCGAUGUGGACCACAGGCGAAGCUAAGGCUGCCAAAUGGCGCCUUCAGACGCACGUUCGUGUGAGGGAUCAUGGUACUAAGGAAGUAACCCGCUGAUCAAAUCGCAAUACUUCCAUCCAUGUGCACACGGUCCGUCAUCCGUUCGGCAGGUUGCAUUUCUAAACCGACCCCUGUUCGGCAUAGAAUGUUUCCUUCGGGCAUUUAAUCUACAUCAGGGCUAGGAUAGUAGAGAGCUGCUAACCUUUCUCAGCUCGCUAGAGGGUCCAAAAAAGGGAAUUGCAGUUGCGAUACGCUGAUGCAAUCGCCCCACAAUUCUGGCAAGCACUAGUUCUUCCCAGUCCCAGUCCCCUCCAUCUUUCUCUGGCUGAUGCCCCUGGACGAAUCAGAUCGGGAUUCAUAGGGCGUUGUCCCUUCUCAUGCACGGUUAAUAAUCCCCUGAAAACAAUCUGUUCUGGCUUCUGGCUCUGGCAUGACCGGUCUAUAGUUAAUAUGGGACCCCUGCUCGCUCAAUUCAUGACGGACUACACCUACAACCAAAACCUGGUCUCUAACGUCUUUUAUGAUUUCUCUCCAGCCGCAAGCAACUCUGCUGUGCUGCUUCUUUAGAGCGCCUUGGCCCACGGGUCUCAUCGUGCCUAUUACCCUAGCUCUCGGAUCUUGCCAUCUCUCUCUCACUACUAGUACUUCUUUGUAUAAUUCAGCCUUCUCCGCAUAAAUCAUCUUCAAGGACUUUCGGGCCAAACCACCACCAACCACUUUACUUUGAAUCUAUCCACUCUGACAUCUGUGCAACAUCUGCUGGACCGAACAGCUCAAGUUCAAAUAUACUUAACCAUCUGCUCUCCGCUCCCUUCUUGCUCUUGAAGAACUCAACCGCCCUCGUUCCAACGUUCGCUUGUUCCAUCCCGCAACCAGAGACCAACAGAACAUUUUCAAGGAACGCCAUUGAUACAAACCCGUCAGACACCAGGAAUUCUUUUGUCAUUUAACUGAAAGCCUUCAAAGUGGCGUCGUCACUUGCGCUAGGCCCAGCUAGUUUGGUGCCAAAUCAUUUUCACAGUAAGUUCUGCCCUACUCAAUUCAACUUAUCUCUCUGCGUAUCAAGACUACCAAACUUGAGUGGAGUGCCUAGAGUGUCUCAUCGUCUUGGGCUCCAUCUAGACAAUGUCAUGGUAGAAGGCAGAUGAGGCCAUCUCCCAUGAACCACGCCGGUAAUGGCCUAGUCUGCUCCCACUUGGUGCAUUCAGCUACUGAGUUAGCUGUAUAAUUUUGGUACCAAUUAUAUAAGCUGCAGGAAAAGUUCCCAGCAAAAUCUUUUCAUUCAAUCUCAUCAUCCUUCCUGUCGUUUUUGAUAUCUUUCUGGCAUAUAGGAGCUGACAACAAGGCAGCUCCUACAAAAUAUUUCUUCUCCGGAAUGUCGCUCUCUAUCACAAGCUUUCCAGAUCGCUCGAGAGUAGAUAUUUUCCGGCCUUCGCGACAUACCGAAGGGACCGGAAGAAGGAGCGAGCGAGAUGUCAGGGACUUUCGCUCGCUAUCCCCGCAUUCGGGAACAAUGAGAGGAAGGAACGAUCAAGAUGUGGCAGACGUCUUCCGAGCUUCCAAUUCAUCACAGAAUGCACCACCAAGAAGCAGGAACGAACAUGAAUUUCCAGGCGCCUUUGGAAGAUCUAACAACGCCUCUCCUGUAUAUCAUAGAGACACAAAGAUGAUGGACGAAAGAGAACACUUGGAACGUCAAUCGCUUCCAUCCAUUCGAUCAGCAAUACCGGAACUUCAAUCAACUAUUCCACGUAACACUGAAGCCGAUUACAUGGAGUCUAGGAACACGUCAAAUUCGGAAUAUAUAGCUACCUCCCCACACCCUAAACGGCAGAGGCUUUCAAUAGGUAGGGAGAGAGACUUUGGUGCAGAACAAUCAACCCCACGAGGGUUCGACCCCAUUUAUCGAUCCCAAGGCGCAGCAAUCUCACCAACAAACACCUCGCUCAACCAGUAUAUGCCCAUGUCUGCCAACGAAUCCCGUAUUGGAUCCACCCGAAGCAGCCCUCGUGCGUCGAUAAGAGGACUUCCAGCUAUUCACACUUCGUUUCCCCAUAACGAGGUACGAGAACGAUCAUUUGCCAAUGGGUUUUCUCCUUCAGGGCAAGAGGUACUUGCCCAUCAAAACGUAAUUGAUCGGCCUCAAGAGUUACCUCGACGUCCGGGAAUGCCACUGGAGCGAAGUGUAUCGUAUGCACCAUCAUCCACUGAACCAUUCCCCUCUACUGUAUAUCAACAACCGGCAAUGACAUAUGGGUACCACCAAUACCAACCACGGGUACAAUUAUAUUCCGGUUCUUCUACAUCUCCAUUAUCCCACGACCGUACACCCUUCUGGAACAACCAUCACAAUGCCUAUCCAGGUUCAAAUGCUAGCUAUGUUGUGGCAGAGUCUGGAAACGAAAACAAGCAACGAAAGAGAAGAGGCAAUCUCCCAAAAGAGACGACUGACAAAUUACGAACGUGGUUUGUGAGCCAUUUAAGCCACCCAUAUCCAACAGAGGACGAAAAGCAGGAGCUUAUGAGACAGACAGGUCUACAAAUCAGUACGAACCUCUUUUUUCCAUUGGCAUAUUUGGCAGUUCGCUGACUAUCAAUUUUAGAUCAAAUCUCCAAUUGGUUCAUCAACGCCCGCCGGAGACAGUUGCCCGCCAUGAUUAAUAACGCUCGAGCUGAAAACGAUGCUAGAGCUGCUCGAGAGGAACGAAUGGGACAAGGCGAAGCCAACAGCGACUAUGACAAUGACAAACGUUCAGAGGGUGAUAGCGCUUAUGACGACGACUUUGAUAGCUCUCUUAGAAACGGACGAUAUUCCACUAAGCGUGGAAGCGUAUGAUGAAUGCAACGUAUCUCAGGUGUCAGGUAGCUGGGAGUUGCUCCGAUCUCCCCAUAUCGCAAGAGAGCUGGACUACCUCUAGUCAAACCGUCGGACGUCAUCAUAAUUCGAUACUUGGCGGUUAGGCAAGCCUGUUUUUCACUUGUUAGGAGAGUUCAAUAACUGCCGACUACCGACUACCGACUACCGACUACCGCGCAUAACCCAUAUACAAUCAAGCAGAUCCAUCGUUCUUCCUCUAACCACCGUCACAUUUCCACCGGGAUUAUUAAACAAUGGCCUACUCCUACGGAAUCGCUGCCUGUCACAAACUUUCGAGAAACUGCAUUUUCCGCGUAAUCAUUUUAUUAUACUUUAGGUAUCACGAGUCCUGGCGUUUCGGUCUUGGACACUGUCACUAUUGGAGUAGAUGAUUUACCUUGAUACCCACCCUGUCUACCUUUCCUUUGUUCAUAAAACUGC